GCCUUCUUUUCCCUCCACGUAUGCCAAAGCUAGCGAGGGGAACCAGAAACCAGAUGGCGCUUCUCUCUGCCAAUCUCCUGGCCCCAAAUAUUACCCUACUCCCCUUCAAUCCCCCCUCCUCCCACCUCCCAAGAAACCCUACCCUCCUCCCCAGCUCCCUUCAAAAGUCUCUUCCAAACCCCCCUUCUCACAACCGAACUGCCGUCGCCGCCUCUUCUUCCUCCUCCUCGUCCUCCCCAGCCGCCGCCGCCGCCGCCGCCGCCGCGGCUACUGACCUCCAUCCCCCGGAGAAGAACAUCAAGUCCCGGGAAUCUCGAUCCAACUGGGAAGCGUUCGCGAGGCGAGUUUCCGGUGAAUGGGAUGGCUUCGGAGCCGAAUUCACCGCUGACGGGAAGCCUGUCGAGCUCCCGGAGGCGGUCGUCCCCGAGGCCUUCCGGGAGUGGGGGGUCCAGCUCUUCGACUGGCAGACCCAGUGCCCGACCCUGGCCACCGAUGCAGGUGACCCCGUCCUCUCCUACAAGCUCAUCAAGCUGCUUCCGACCGUGGGAUGCGAGGCCGACGCCGCCACGAGGCACAGCAUCGAGGAGAGGGUCGCCGGGGGCACCGGCAAUAAGGUUUCGGCUUUCGGCUAUGACUCGAAUGGUUGUUAUGUUGCAGUAUCGGCUUUGGAGGGUCGGAAUGGGCGGAGAUUCUUGGAAUUGGAGCACUGCUUGGUGGAUCCUGGGAAUCGGGAAGCUAGGGUAAGGGUGAUUCAGGUGGUUCGGGUGGAUGAAGGGGAAAUGAGGUUGGAGAGUUUAAGAGUGUUUUCAGAGCAGUGGUACGGGCCGUUCCAAAAUGGCGAGCAGUUCGGUGGGUGUGCCAUUCGGGAGUCGGGGUUCGCUUCGACGGCUGCAGUGGGGGAGUCUGAGGUUGCUGGAGUGUGGCAAGGAACAAGCGUUGCAGUUGCUAGAUUUCAGAGUGAACAAACGGAUAUAUUCCAUGAACUUGUGGUGGAUCGUCCAGGAAAGUCAAUUAGAAAUCAAUUGGGCCUUGUAUUACUUCCUAAACAGUUAUGGUGUUAUUUUAAACAAAAUAAGGAUGGUGAAACAUGGGGGGAGGUUGGAUGGUUGUUGAAUCAUGGUAAUGCCAUGACAUCAAGAUGUAUUUUCCUCAAGGAUGGAAGAUUGCAGGAGAUAGCAAUUGGACAAGAAAUUGCAGUUUUAAUGGGCAUAUAAUUCGGCAUUCAAUAAAGUCUGUUCUUCAAACCUUUUAUUUAUACUUUUAUAUCUGUAUCUGAACCACAUUCACUUAUCCAAGUUGUACAUAAAGUGGGGCUAAAUACAAUUAUCUAGAUUUUAGUUCACUUUGUGGCAAAAUUGGAACAAAAACCACUCAAUUCUCAAUUUCUAGAAUAUGUUGACAAUUAGGGCAGUUGCUGCUUGAUGUUCUUACCUUGGAGGCAAAAUUGGAGUAGGCCUGUUGCAUCUAACGAGCAGGAUUGCAUGGAUAGUUCAUUCAACUUGGAGUGGAACAGUAAGACCACCUCAUUUCUCUAUGUUCUAAGAAAUCCAUGCCUCUAGAUUGCCAGCCCUCCUGUUCUUUGUGUGCCUGAGACUUGUUCAUAAUAGUUUGUGCUGCUGUUUU